UAUAAAAAGUAAUACAUUUUUUUCAAAAACAUAAAACAAGGAAGAAGUACAUGAUUCCAUUACUGAUAUAUAAUCACUCAGCAUUUUCAUGUGUAUCCUCAGUCUUUAUUAAGAUUUUUAAAAAAUUUUAAGAAGGUGUUUAGGGGGUAGGGAGGAAAGCAAAGAAAUGAUAAACAUGUGGUUUGGGAUGAUGGUUUCUUUGGAGGGACAGAGGCAGAAGAACAGGAUGCAGAAGGGGAACACAGGGUACCACUGGUGUUCUUUAUUUUGGAUGGUAGAUUCACAGGUGCUUAUUCAUUAUUAAAAAUAACUUAGAAAUAAAGAAAUAAAAGUGGGUGAAAUUGGUCAAAAAUUUCAAUCUUCCAGUUAUAAAAUAAGUCAUGGGGAUAUAAUGUACAGAAUGGUGACUAUAGUUAAUAAUACUGUAUUGUACAUUUGAAAGUUGCUAAGAAAGUAGAUCUUAAAAGUUCUCAUCACACACACACACAAAGCUUGUGACUAUGUAUGAUGAUGAAUGUUAACUAAACUUAGUGUGCUGUCAUUUCAUGUAUAUACUAAUGGUGAAUCAUGUUGUGUGCCUGAAACUAAUAUAAUGCUAUAUGUCAAUUAUAGCUCAAUAAAAAAGAAAGAUUUCUAGAAAAUACUAGAGAAUCAAUGAACAAUAAAGCUAAUUUAAAUAAUAAAAGAACUCAGUAAGUCAUCAGAAUAUAUAAUUAACAUACAAAAGUCAAUAGCUUUCAUAGACACAAACAAUAACUGGCUAGAGGACAUAAUAGUAAAGAAAGUCCCAUUUAUAAUAGUGACAAAGGUGAUUAAGUACUUAGGAAUAAACUUGACAAAAAUGUGCAAAACCUAAAAGAGAAAAUACUCUUGAGAAACACAAAAUUAGACUUGAACAAAAGGAAAAGCAUUCCUGUUCUUGGAUGGGACAAUUCAUCAUCCUACAGACAUAACACAAUCCCAAUAAAAAUAUCUACAAGUUUUUUUUUUAAUAGAGCUAGAUAAGCUGAUGCUGAAGUUCAUAAGGAAAAACAAACCUGCAGGAAUAGCCGGGAACACACUAAGAAAUGAAAGCUACAUAGGUGGGCUAGUCCUACCGGGUAUUAAACCAUACUGUAGAUUUCCUUAGUAAAGACAGGGCACUACUGCCACAGAACAGACCUACAGACCAGUAGAACAGAAUGGAAAGUUCUGAACUAGGUCUGAGUAAAUAUGGAAAUACUAAACGUGGCAUCUUAAAUUAUAGAAACAAAGAUGGGCUUUUUAAUAAAUGCUGCUGGCACAAGGCAGCCACUUGGAAAAAAGAUAAAAUUAGAUCCAUAUCUCACACACAUUUAUCAAGAAAUUAAAUGUAACCCCGUGUUGUUGAUAAACGAAAUAAAUCACCUGACCCCCCCAGAAAAAGAAAUUAAAUAUAAAAAAACAAAAUUAGGUAGAAAAUUUAAUAAACCAGUUUAAAAAUAUGGUGAAUUCCUUUACAAAUUCAGUGUAAGGAAAAGCUUUCUAGCACUGACUGAAAAUCCAAUGGCAAUAAAAAUAAUUCAUAAAUUUGACUACAUAAAAAUGUUUUUAAAAUUUGUACAGUAAGAACGUCAAAGAAGAGCUACAAAAUUAGAAGAAAACAUUUGCAGCAUUUAUCACAGAUUAAGGGCUAAUCCAUAAUAUAUAAAGAAUUCUUAAAAUUCAAGAGGAAAAUGUCCAAAACUCUAAUGAAAAAAGUGGGAAAGAUAUAGGAACAGAAAAAAAUAAAAAUAAAGAAAUAAAAGGGGACCAGGCGUGGACCAAUAAUGAGGAUGUGUCACAACCAAGGAUUAUGAUUAAUCCAAUUUUGCGCACCUUGAGGUCCAAUUAAAACUACGAGAAUUCCCAUAAUAGAUUUCGGGCUAUAAUUGAAAGUAAGUUUAAUCUUCUGAAGACCUGAAAUAAUAUUAAGGCACACUAGGGUGCACUGACAAGUCAAAAAAAAAAGAAAAGAAAAUGAUUUCCCUUCGUUUCCAUCACUGAACCUCACAGGUUUUUCAGUGAGCUCUGAAUUCCAGCUCCUACACAUGACAAAAUUGGCCACCACGUUCUAAACAUCGAUGUGUCAGAAGGUUUCAGUGUGGACCAGAAAAUACUACAGGUUGUCUGUACGUGAUGUGACUUCUGAAGACUCAAGAACCACCCACCUUACUAGUCUGCAAUGGAGAAGGCAGAAAUGGAAAGUCAAAUGCCACAGUUCCAUUCUGUUACUAAUCACGCUGUGGACAUGUGUCGCCAUCGCAGGGAGUGAGCCCCACCAAGGGGGAAGUUCUCGGGGGGCCCCAGACCACCAGCACUCUUGUCCUCCCCCUGGAGAGAAAGCAGAACUAUGGCGUUUUACAGCUGCUGUUGGGUCCUCUUGGCUUUCGCCUGGUGCGCUUCUGCCUAUGGGCCUGACCAGCGAGCCCAGAAGAAAGGGGACAUUAUCCUCGGGGGGCUCUUUCCUAUUCAUUUUGGAGUAGCUGCCAAAGAUCAAGAUCUAAAGUCAAGGCCCGAGUCCGUGGAAUGUAUCAGGUAUAAUUUCCGUGGAUUUCGCUGGUUACAAGCCAUGAUAUUUGCCAUAGAGGAAAUAAACAGCAGCCCAGCCCUCCUUCCCAACAUGACGCUGGGCUACAGGAUAUUCGACACUUGCAACACCGUUUCUAAAGCCUUGGAGGCCACCCUGAGUUUUGUGGCCCAGAACAAAAUCGAUUCUUUGAAUCUUGACGAGUUCUGCAACUGCUCGGAGCACAUCCCCUCUACGAUCGCUGUGGUGGGAGCAACGGGCUCGGGCAUCUCCACGGCGGUGGCGAACCUGCUGGGGCUCUUCUACAUCCCCCAGGUCAGUUAUGCCUCCUCCAGCAGACUCCUCAGCAACAAGAAUCAGUUCAAGUCCUUCCUCCGUACCAUCCCCAAUGACGAACACCAAGCCACCGCCAUGGCUGACAUCAUCGAGUAUUUUCGCUGGAACUGGGUGGGCACAAUUGCAGCUGACGAUGACUACGGCCGCCCAGGGAUCGAGAAGUUCCGAGAGGAAGCUGAGGAGAGGGACAUCUGCAUCGACUUCAGCGAACUCAUCUCCCAGUACUCUGAUGAGGAAGAGAUCCAGCAAGUGGUGGAGGUGAUCCAGAAUUCCACAGCCAAAGUCAUCGUCGUCUUCUCCAGUGGCCCAGACCUUGAACCCCUCAUCAAGGAGAUCGUCCGGCGCAACAUCACGGGCAGGAUCUGGCUGGCCAGCGAGGCCUGGGCCAGCUCCUCCUUGAUCGCCAUGCCCGAGUACUUCCACGUGGUCGGAGGCACCAUUGGAUUCGCUCUGAAGGCUGGACAGAUCCCAGGUUUCCGGGAAUUCCUGCAGAAGGUCCAUCCCAGGAAGUCGGUCCAUAACGGUUUUGCCAAAGAGUUUUGGGAAGAAACGUUUAACUGCCACCUCCAGGAAGGUGCUAAAGGACCCUUACCUGUGGACAACUUCCUGAGAGGUCACGAAGAAGGUGGUGGCAGGACAAGCAACAGCUCCACCGCCUUCCGACCUCUCUGUACAGGGGAUGAGAACAUCAGCAGUGUCGAGACCCCUUACAUGGAUUAUACACAUUUGCGGAUAUCCUACAACGUCUACUUAGCCGUCUACUCCAUUGCUCAUGCCCUGCAAGAUAUAUACACCUGCAUACCCGGGCGAGGGCUCUUCACCAACGGUUCCUGUGCAGAUAUCAAGAAGGUUGAGGCUUGGCAGGUCCUGAAGCACCUACGGCACCUAAACUUUACCAACAAUAUGGGGGAGCAGGUGACUUUUGAUGAAUGUGGUGACCUCGCGGGGAACUAUUCCAUCAUCAACUGGCACCUCUCCCCAGAGGACGGCUCCAUCGUGUUUAAGGAAGUUGGCUAUUACAACGUCUAUGCCAAGAAAGGAGAAAGGCUCUUCAUCAAUGAGGAGAAGAUCCUGUGGAGUGGAUUCUCCAGGGAGGUGCCUUUCUCCAACUGCAGCCGAGACUGCUUGGCAGGGACUAGGAAAGGAAUCAUUGAAGGGGAGCCCACCUGCUGCUUUGAGUGUGUGGAGUGUCCCGAUGGGGAGUACAGCGAUGAGACAGAUGCAAGUGCCUGUGACAAGUGCCCUGAUGACUUCUGGUCCAAUGAGAACCACACUUCCUGCAUUGCUAAGGAGAUCGAGUUUCUGUCGUGGACCGAGCCCUUUGGGAUCGCACUCACGCUCUUUGCUGUGCUGGGCAUUUUCCUCACGGCCUUCGUGCUGGGCGUCUUCAUCAAGUUCCGCAACACACCCAUCGUCAAGGCCACCAACCGAGAGCUCUCCUACCUCCUCCUCUUCUCCCUGCUCUGCUGCUUCUCCAGCUCCCUGUUCUUCAUCGGGGAGCCGCAGGACUGGACCUGUCGCCUGCGCCAGCCGGCCUUCGGCAUCAGUUUUGUGCUCUGCAUCUCGUGCAUCCUGGUGAAAACCAACCGCGUCCUCCUGGUGUUUGAGGCCAAGAUCCCCACCAGCUUCCACCGCAAGUGGUGGGGGCUCAACCUGCAGUUCCUGCUGGUCUUCCUCUGCACCUUCAUGCAGAUUGUUAUCUGUGCCAUCUGGCUCUACACCGCGCCCCCCUCCAGCUACCGCAACCAGGAGCUAGAGGAUGAGAUCAUCUUCAUCACCUGCCACGAGGGCUCACUCAUGGCCUUGGGCUUCCUGAUCGGCUAUACCUGCCUGCUGGCAGCCAUCUGCUUCUUCUUCGCCUUCAAGUCCCGGAAGCUGCCGGAGAACUUCAACGAAGCCAAGUUCAUCACCUUCAGCAUGCUCAUCUUCUUCAUCGUCUGGAUCUCCUUCAUUCCAGCCUACGCCAGCACCUACGGCAAGUUUGUCUCUGCCGUGGAGGUGAUCGCCAUCCUGGCAGCCAGCUUUGGCUUGCUGGCCUGCAUCUUCUUCAACAAGGUCUACAUCAUCCUCUUUAAGCCGUCGCGUAACACCAUCGAGGAGGUGCGCUGCAGCACCGCGGCGCACGCUUUCAAGGUGGCAGCCCGCGCCACGCUGCGCCGCAGCAACGUCUCCCGCCAGCGGUCCAGCAGCCUUGGGGGCUCCACGGGAUCCACCCCCUCCUCCUCCAUCAGCAGCAAGAGCAACAGCGAGGACCCCUUCCCGCAGCCCGAGAGGCAGAAGCAGCAGCAGCCGCUGGCCCUGACCCAGCAUGCGCCGCCGCCGCACGCGCGGCCGCCCUCCAGCCCGCAGCCGCAGCCGCAGUCGCAGCAGCAACCCAGAUGCAAGCAGAAGGUCAUCUUCGGCAGUGGCACAGUCACCUUCUCUCUGAGCUUUGACGAGCCUCAGAAGAGUGCCAUGGCUCACAGGAAUUCCACGCACCAGAACUCCCUGGAGGCCCAGAAAAACAACGACGCCCUGACCAGACACCAGGCGUUACUCCCGCUGCAGUGCGGGGAGGCGGACUCGGAACUGAGCACCCAGGAGACAGGCCUGCAGGGGCCUGUGGACGGCCUGGUCCAGAGACAAAAGUAUGCAGAGCAACAGGACACCAGAUUGGCCACCACUAGAGUUGAGCCUGAAAGACAGAAUGUCACCAGUGAUGCCCAGCACCUUGACAAUGGGAAGAACUUGAAGUGUCUAAAACUGUAAGGUGAAUGUAUCCCCUCCUAUUUAUGAAAAUCAUAAAAUAUUUGGUCUCCUGUUUGCUGCUACUAUCAUGUGACAUCUAGAAGGUUAGCAUCUCUCCUGUACCUGGUUUUGUGCAGAAUGUGAUAGCAGUACCAUGUUUAGAUUCCAGGAUCACAAGAAUCACCUCAAAUUGUUGGGAAGGGACUGCAUGAAUCCAAUGAGCUAUGUCUGUAAUUAAUAUUGUGAUAUGUAGUUUUAUCCUUAAGAAAAUGCUUCUGUUAUGAUAGCCCAUGGACAAUAUAAACUGAAAAAAAAGUCAUGGUCUGCUUUAUAUAAGGCAGUAUUAUUGAGCUCCAUUUCUUUACCCACCCCACUGAGCUAAGCCCUAUGUGAGCCUUGUCGGGGCCCCAGGGGUCCAGAAGCUCCCCCUCUUCCCUGCCCCAAAGGCUUCCUGAAGCCAGAUUCAUGCCAGCCUCUGUGGAAAAUAAGCUCCCAGUCAUCAGCCUCCUACCAGUUGCUGGGGUAAGAAAAUGGAGAGAGCUCUCACAGGGUGUUACCCUGGCACUCCACCCGCCAAAUACUGUAGCUACGUUCCCUCCAGCAGUGGGUAGGUACAAUAUUGAAUGUUGAAUGGCAGGAACAAUCAGGCUCCAGAGCCAGAGAGACUAACAAGUUGGGUGACCAUGGACAGGGCACCUUCACCUCACUCAGCCCCAGCUUCUUGUGUAUAAAAUGGGGGUAAUAACCACUCUUUUCCUUCAGCACUCUUAUGUGGAUUAAAUGAGGUAACUGUAUAUAAAGUCCUUUAGCAGGGUGCCUAGCACAUAGUAAGCACUCAAUAAAUUUAGUUAAUAUUAUUACUGACAUUGUAAUUUUUUUCAUUUGUUUAAAAUACAAAACAGCACUUAUUUAUUUACUAUUCAGAUUUUAGCCACAAGCCCAUGGAUCACAGUAACUUUCUCCACAAUAAGCCCAAGAACUCUGGGGCCCAGUUCAAGGGGUCCCAAGCAACAUUACUCAGGGUGAAGAAGCCCGAAGUUCAGUCCCCCAAGGGCCCCACGCUCCCCCUGCCCCUGUGGUGCCAGCACCCAGACCUCCAGCACCAAGGGAAGAGCGCUCCCAUCGGGCCGGCAUUUCUCAGCUCACUCUAAAUGCUGCUCUUUAGCCACAGCCAAGUAGAGCAGUCAGAUCUACGUGAGGCCUUCAAGUUUACGGCUCCUGAUGACUUCCUCCUCAGACCAUUUUCUUCCAAACGGCCACCUUUCCAUGACUUUUAAAGUGACUUGUGGAGAUGACGGUUGUCAAUUUAGAUGAAAAGGCAUUAGAGGCACCACGUGGGAGCACAAGUGGGGGACACAGAGAAGGUCUCACACAGGAAGACCUGGUGAGGCUUCUGCUCCCGCCCGGGUCAUGCCUCUGAGCAAGACCCAGAGCUGAGUGAAGACUUACAUUGAAUAUUUUACUUGGGACUUUUAAAAAAGGUUGAAAGUUUGAUGGCUUGAUUUUUAUUUUAUUGAUCAAAAUAGCUACGUGGAAACAACUGCUUUACUGUGCAAAAUGCCACACGCUCGUCCUUACCCCAUUUGAGCUGGACGUGCGGCUCACCCUCACGGCUGAGCUGGAGGAAGAGGCUGGUCAGGGAAAACACGCCAUUUACAUGGAGCGUCACCUCACCCAGUGCUUGCAAAUAAAGUCGUCUCUCUCGA